UCAGAGCCGCUCAGCCAUCAGCAGAGCAACGCGCGAGCGGUCUCCAGAGAGUCAGCGCCGGGCCGGGCGGGCAGGCGGGCGGGCACGCGGGAGCAGGUGGAUUCCGGAUCACUUGCUCGAGACUAGUGGAUGGAAUUUCGGGGGAGCGGGGAGCCGCGUGGCCGUGAUGUUCCAGCCUCCAUCUGCACUGCGAUAAAAAAAAAAGAAGAGCAGAGCUGACAGGCGGAGUGUGCGCCAACAGCAGGGUAGCUGACGGUAAAUGAGUGGCCAUCACCAUGCACCCUGGGAUAUAUGGGAUGCUGGAGGAGUGGGAGGAUGGGGACCAGGAGAUCAACAUGGACUUCCUGCUGCCAACUGGGAUCUUCCUCAAAUUCCCUGUGUCUCGCAAUGACACUAUCAAACACAUCAAAGAGAUGGUUUGGCGAAAUGCCAGAAGCGAGGCUCUGUUCAGUGGACUGGGUGACCCGGACGGGUAUGUGUUCACCUGCAUUAACCAGACGGCCGAGAGGGAGGAGCUAGAGGAGGAGUUCCGGCGGAUAAGGGAUGUGAAGCCUUUCAUGUGUGUUCUGAGGCUGGUGGCAAGGGAGGGUAACAGACAAGAAAAACUCACCAACACCCAGAUCACCCAGCUCAUUGGCAAAGGUCUGCAUGAGUUUGAGACCCAGAAGAACCACGAGGUCAAUGAGUUUCGAACAAAGAUGAGGACGUUUUGUGAAGAAAAAGCUCUGGAGAGGCAAUAUUUACCAUGGCAACGAUGGCUUGAGUACAGCUUCCCAUGUGACCUGGAGCCAUGCCGCACGCCGUCUGGGUUUGGGAGUGUGAAGAUGAAAAGCUCAAAGAUUUUCAUCAAUGUCAAGUUUGAGGCUUCUGAUGAAAGCUUCAUGUUGCAGCAGGACUGUCAUGACCUUCCCGUGGCGCUGAUGAAGAGCGCUCUGAAGAAGAAGGCCACCGUCUUUCGCUCGCUGAGGCAGGAGCCUGAGGACUAUAUCCUACAGGUCAACGGGAGAUGGGACUUCAUCUAUGGGAAACACCCACUCUGCCAGUUUAAAUACAUCUUCUCGUGCUUGAGAAAUGGUCAGAACCCCCAGCUCACCAUGGUGCACCACUCCACCGUCAGCAGGUUCCAGGAGGAGCAGAGCAGAAUGUGCAACCAGAUGUUUAAGAGUCGCUCCCUGUCCAGACCUCCUCCUCUGCCCCUGAAGAGGCAAAAUACCUCCUCUUUGUGGUCCAUUAAUGAGCCCUUCUACAUUCAGCUGCUGCAGGGCAGCCGCGUCAAUGCAGACGAAGGCAUGAAGCUUGUGGUGCAGGCCGGCCUGUUCCACGGCAGCGAGCUGCUCUGCAAGGUGGUGACGAGCUUGGAUGUGACGGUGUGCUCGGAGCCGCUGUGGGACCAAAGGCUGGAGUUUGACAUAAAUGUGUGCGACCUGCCCCGCAUGAGCCGCUUGUGCUUCGCGCUCUACGCUGUCAUUGAGAAAACCAAGAAACCCAAAAGCACCAAAAAGAAGAAUAAAAAAGCGGACUGUCCAAUAGCGUGGGUUAAUACCAUGGUGUUUGACUACAAGGACCAGUUAAAGACAGGGGAAUUUCUCCUAUCUAUGUGGCCAUCUGUACCUGAUGACAAAAGCGAUCUGUUGAACCCGAUGGGGACAGUGGAGAAGAACCCCAACGUGGACAGCGCUGCUGGUCUUCUCAUUCGGUUCCCCAACAUUCGUCCCCAUCCUCUCUAUUAUCCAUCACUCGAAAAGAUAAUUGACUUUGAGAAGAAUGGAGACGUGGCGUGUACCCAUAAGGAAGAGCACCUGAAACUUAAAGAAAUCAUGGACAACAAACAUUACACAGAGUUUUUCGAGGAUGAGAAAGAUCUUCUGUGGAAGCUCCGCACAGAAAUCCGCGAGCACUAUCCGGAAAAUCUGUCCAAGCUGCUCCUCGUCACUAAAUGGAACAAAAGGGAGGAUGUUGUUCAGAUGGUGAGUUUACUGAAGAAAUGGCCUGACCUUCCUGCCAUUCAUGCCCUGGAACUCUUGGACUACAGUUUUCCCGACCCAGCUGUCCGCUCCUUCACUGUCCGCUGCCUGAGGAAGCUCAGUGAUGAUGAGCUGCUGCAGUACCUCAUCCAGCUGGUCCAGGUCCUGAAGUAUGAGUCCUACCUGGACUGUGACCUCACCACCUUCCUGCUAGAGAGGGCCUUAUCGAAUAGGAGAAUAGGACACUUUCUCUUCUGGCAUCUUAGGUCAGAAAUUCACGUGGCAUCUGUAAGUUUGCGCUUUGGCCUUAUUUUGGAAGCAUACUGCCGGGGAAACAUCCACCACAUCAAGAUUUUAAACAAACAGAAUGAAGCUCUGGCCAAAAUGAGGGCCCUGAGCGACUUUGUCAAGUCAGGCUCCCAGAAAAUGACCGUAGAGGACUUGAAGCUGUGCAUCAGACAGGAAACCUACAUGGAGGCCCUGUCAGACUUGCUGUCGCCGCUCAACCCCAGCAUCAUCCUCACAGAGAUCUGUGCAGACAAGUGCAGAUUUAUGGACUCAAAGAUGAAACCUCUCUGGCUGAUGUACAAGAACCCCUCAACCCCAGGAGACAUGGUGGGCAUCAUUUUCAAAAACGGCGAUGAUCUUCGGCAAGACAUGUUGACUUUGCAGAUGAUUCAGCUCAUGGAGAAUAUGUGGAAGAAAGAAGGCCUGGAUCUCAGGAUGAUCCCAUACGGCUGCUUGUCCACGGGGAACAAAAUGGGACUCAUUGAAGUCGUGAAAAACUCUGACACCAUUGCAAACAUUCAGCUCAACAGCAGUAACAGUGCAGCCACAGCCGCCUUCAACAAGGAUGCCCUGCUCAAUUGGCUUAAAUCUAAGAAUCCUGGUGACAAGCUUGAACAAGCAAUAGAGGAGUUUACAUUGUCCUGUGCUGGCUACUGUGUAGCUACAUAUGUGUUGGGAAUUGGAGAUCGCCACAAUGACAACAUCAUGAUCAGAGAAACUGGACAGCUGUUUCACAUCGACUUUGGCCAUUUCCUGGGCAACUUCAAGCGUAAACUUGGGAUCAACCGAGAGCGGGUUCCUUUCAUCCUGACAUAUGACUUUGUGCAUGUGAUCCAACAAGGAAGGACGAACAACAGUGAGAAGUUUGAGAGAUUUAGGGAGUACUGUGAGCAGGCCUACAAGAUCUUGUGCAGAAAUGGGAUGCUGUUCGUCAACCUCUUCGCCAUGAUGAAGGCUGCAGGGCUGCCUGAGCUCACCUGCUUCAAAGACAUUCAGUAUCUAAAGGACUCCUUAGCUUUGGGCAAAUCCGAGGAUGAAGCACUGAAGAACUUCAAAGUAAAGUUUAACGAAGCUUUGCGAGAGAGCUGGAAGACGAAGGUCAACUGGAUGAUGCACUCCUUAGCCAAAGAUAACAGAGCAUAAAGACUACUGCAUCAGUGUAAUGUGCCAACAAUUUCAGACUUUUAUUUAUUGGCCUGAAAAGGGAAAAAAAAACAUUCAAAGAUAUUUUAUAUUUUAGACGGUAUUUAAAGAGAGACUUUAGUAAAUGUUUACAAGAGUCUGAACUGCUGAUGGUAAAUCCCAAAGUAUAGGCUUCAGAAAAACACGAGGAGAUUAUAUAGUUGAUCGUUCCAAGAAGCUACUGUCUUAUUUGUCAUCUUUCUCCAAACUACUAAUGGAAUGCCUUCGCCAUGGUAACGAGAUAACCCAGUUCAAGCAUCUAUUUUAAAACUGCUUCUCGUAAGCUAACUGCUCAAAGUGCCAUAAGUCACCGAAGGAGAAAGUUCAUCUUGCAAACGACAUUACUCAGCAGGGAGAAGGCUGCAAACAACCAGCAUCAUUACCUGCAACCCCGCCGAGUCACAGAGUACGAAAAUGAACUGGCCGGGUAACCUCAGGACAUUUGUAAGGUUUACAACUCUUGAUGUCUCUUGCAUUUAUUUUCUACCGCCUUUUACAGUUUUUUGUGGUAUUUUAUUUAAUUAUGUUCAUUUUAAGCACUUAUGAAGGUCAUUUUGAAAAAUCUUUGUGUUUCAAAAGUUGUUACUUGUGGUAAAGGAGAACGAAAUGUCCAUCUGUUCAUACAAAUACUGUACAGCAUUUAUGGUCCGUUGAGCUUGUUAAUGGGAUUCCUUCUAAGAAGGGCUUUUGCCCUAGAAGAGAAUAUAUGAAGUACGACAGAACACUUUCAAGGAACUGUCAAUAGAAAAACAGUUAGCAGCUCCUUUGUCAUGUUUGCCCUUCUGGGGAUCCUCAGAAAGAAGUCUUAAUACUCAAAUGAAGGUCUGCAUCCAUGUGCAGGCCCUCAUACCUUGAAGCUGAGCCCCCUCUCUACACGUUCCCCUUGGAUGCAGAGGGGCUCCAGGUCCGAUUUUCCCCCUUCUGAAAUCUACAAGAACCUCUUUGGUGUUACAGAUAAAGAAGAGCAGGUCGUGGUCCUCCCCUCUGAUUACUCAUCACUAUUUGCUUUCAUUGCCGCUAGAGAUGAGUCCCACCGCAGUUGCCUAUGUCCUAACAGAGAUGAACAUUUUAACAUGAGUUUCUCGCUAUUUGUUAGUUGUUUUUUUAGGUGUUUUUUGUUUUUUUUGGCAAAACAGACGUUUGAAUAUUAAUCUGAAAUCCCAUCUGGCCUUUAUCAUGCAAUAAAGGGGGGGUUAUCUGUUAUAGAUUUUGAAAACUCAUGUCAAAUAGCAACUAAACUUAGAUUAGCCUCUGAAAGGCAGGGGAACUAAAGGGCAAGCUAUCUCAGCUCUUUCUCCUUCUCUAACUUUUUUUUUUAAAUGUCUAAACAUUUUCUUUAUCUUAAAACAGUUGUUAACAACUUGAAAUAGAAAUGGCCUCAAGCAAGCUCAGAGCUUUAUGUGAUGACAAAUCAAAGAAACAGGCAAUCCAGGCACUGAAAAAAUUGUCAUAGACUUAAAAUUCUGUUUUUUUUAACUUCCUUUUUGGCGUUUGCUGGAUUAUAAAUAUGUAUGUACUUUUAUCAGAAGAAGUUUUUUGUGUAUGUGAGUGGGCAUUAGUGAGCUUGUGUGGUUUUGCAGUUUUGACCAUGUGUGCCAGGUGCCAAGAAAGAGAUUUCAUUCCUACCAUAACGUCAUGCAGCACAGAUAUGUAUUUAUAAAGUGAAAAUGAGCCCGUAUGCUGUAUCGUUUCUUUUAAAAGUGCUUUUUAUGACUUUAAAUGCUGUAAAUUAUGUUAUCUGUUCUAACCUGAGAAGGACUUGAACGAAUUCAUGGAUUUAUUUUGGGGAACAGUAAAGAUGCUUUACUCUUAUACAAAUUGCAAAACAACGUUUCCCUACAGAAGAAUAAGUGUAGCUGCAGAUUAUGCAAGUCAUAAGUUUCAAAACCUAAAGUAUUUACUGUUGAAGUUAAACAAUACUUAUCCAUUAAUACUUGCUCCAAUUAUUCUAGCUGCUUUGGGUAAAAAAGAUGAAGCUACAUUUGACAGAAAACAUAAUGUUGAAUUUAUUGCAAUCUGUGGUUUUUCAAAUGGCAGAAACUUGUGAGGGUUUGAGCUUGAUUUUAAAUAUGUGCAGCUAAAACAAAUAUUCUGUCGUCAGCUGUGAACCUGUUUAUCCGCAUCUUGUGUCAGUGGGACAAAACGUGCCAAAUAAAAAGUUUUCAACCAGAAGGCCUGCUGAAGAUCUGA